AUGACAUCCCUCGACAACAUAGUACAAGCAGAGAUGGAGGCGGCCAAAACGGCGCCGCGCGCGGCGCCACCACCGCGACGACGAUCAAACGGCGGCGCGGCGUGGGAGUCCACCGCCGACCGCAUCGCGCGCGAAACCGCCGCGCGGGAUCGCGGCGUCGGCGUCGACGCGCAGACCCUCGCGGCGCGACAAACCGAGACGUCGGACCUGCGAAAACAGGUCGCAUCGGCGCUCGACGAGGAAAGAAAACGGGUCGCGAAGCGCGCCAAGGAGCUGGCAAGUGUGGAAGGUGAGUUAGCGAAAUUAGCGACCAAAGAGCAGGCCGACGUCGCGACGCUCCGAGGCCGCCUCGAGGGCCUGUCGAAGCGCCUCGCCGCGGCGAACGCCGACGCGAAACGCAAGAAGGACGCCUACGAGGCCGCCGCUGCGACGGCGUCAAGGCUCGAGCAAGAGAAAAAAGAACUACACGAGCACCUCGCGAUGAUGGUCUUGUCCUCCGAGCAACGGAAGGAGGACAAACUCAAGGAGCUCCUCGCCGCGAUGGGGGCCACGGACGUAAGUUGAGACCUUUUCUAG